AUGUGGUUCAAAUUCUGCUUCUAUUUUGAGAUUCAAAACAAUAAUUAGAAUUACAUCCAAACUACAUUUUAGAAGCCAUUAAAAAUGAAAUAGAUCAAUUAAGUAACAUCUAUUGUCCUAGAGUCUCAAACUAAAACAGAUUUAGAUUCAAAUGAACAACAAAUUUAUAUUAAUGGACUAAAUGAUCAAAAUACUUGUCCAUCUGAAUAUAAUUUAAGUGAAAAUGACUUUAAAACUCUUAAAUUAGCCAAUGCUCUCAUAAUUUCUAAUUUGUUUGGAAUGGUCUUCAUACUUUUUGGCUGUACAAUCAUCUAUAUGACCAUUUACUAUAAAUGGAAUCCAGAAUUUAUUAUUUCACUUCAACUCUACAUCAUAUCUGAUGUAUUAAUUGUUCUGGAAAAACCACUGUUCUUCUAUACCUUAAUCAAUAAGAAGUAGAUGAUCAAAUUAUGUCUAUGUUUAAAUAUGAGUUCAAUGAUAUUGAAAUUGACUGCUUCAGGAUUCAUUAAGUAUAUUAUGUUAUCUAUAAAUGUAGUAAUUUAUCAUCCUGUCAAUUAUUAGUAACUUUUAUUUUGAUAUUCCUUUCAUUACCACUCAAUAUCUUUAUCAAAAUACUAACAAGAAGAUGGAAAUGCAUUCCUGAGAGAUUGUGGAAAAGAUAAAUUAUUGUAAUCAGAAAAUAAGUUCUGCCUAUCUAUCAUUGA